AUGACUGCUGAUUGGACGUCAAUUCGACAAACUUUGGAAUUUCAAGCUCCAAAUAAUACUGGAAGUGACUUUUUCAAUUACAAAGGCGAUUUCAGCAUUGUACUUCUAGCAUUGGUUGAUGCAAAUUAUAAAUUUACGUACGUAGAUGUCGGUUGUAAAGGAAGAAUAUCGGAUGGUGUUGUUUUCAAAAAUACUGCAAAUCUUCAGCAAGGACAAUUAAAUUUACCUCAACCUACUGCGCUACUUGGGAGGAACACACAAAUUCCAUAUGUCAUUGUUGCAGACGAUGCUUUUGCAUUAGAUACGAAUUUAAUGAAACCAUAUCCCGGUCAACAUGACAAAAGUUCGAAAGAAAGAAUAUUCAAUUAUCGGUUGAGCAGAGCGAGAUCUCCAGAAAAGACACAAUUAAUAACACUGACAUGUUGUUAUUUGCAUAAUUUUUUGAUGAACUAAAAGUCGUCUUAACAACUUUACACUUCUCCUGGCAUUUUCGAUACUGAAAACAGAAUUACCCAUAGCGCUAUCGAUGGAAGUUGGCGGGGCGAUGCACCCAUGGCAAACUUACUACCUUUAAGAAAUAUCGGAAGAAGACCAUCUGGCGAUGCGGAAGGUAUAAGAGAAGAACUAGCAAAUUAUUUUCAAACUGACAUCGGAAUGGUGCCAUGGCAAGAAACACUAGCGUAAAAAUAAUACCUAAGUAUACCUAAGUAUAAUGAGAGUUAUAAAACAUUAAAAAAAUUAAACGUACCUGUUCAUUUAUUUCGUCUUGUGAGUUCAUGCUGGUGUUCGGUUCAUCCCUUCCAUGGAAUAAAUUCAGGUAUGCAUAAGCAAACCAUCUUGGCUUAUAUAAAUCUGAAAACCCAGAACCUGAAGAUUUUGAAUCCGCUAUUUUCUUCUUUUCUCUUCGGUACUGAGCCA